AUGGCUUCGUCCGUCGAGAAGGUGCCGUCGCAGACGGACUUCAAAGUGUCUUCAACCCCCUCUGAGGCUCCCUCUUUCCAGAACGGAGCUACCCACGACGUUAACGUCGGCAUUAUCCUCACCCACGAUGAAUACCACUUGGCCACGCUGGGCUACAAGCAAGAGUUUAUCCGGUGCCUGGGCUUAUUUGAGUCUUGGGCCGCCACCUUUACUAGUAUGAAUUUCAUCUCAGGUAUCCCCGUGCUCUUCGGCUGGGUUAUGUACACUGGAGGACCGGAAGCCGCCUUUUCCAUCUGGACUUUAGUCGGCGGGCUUUCGUGCUGUGUUAGCUUGGUGAUGGCUGAGCUGGGCGCCGCUCUUCCAACGACAGGAGGUAUUUAUUUCUGGAGCUACCGCCUGGGAGGAGAAAAGUAUGGUCCUUUUCUCAGCUGGAUGACCGCCUGGUGGAACUGGGCCGGGUGGGUCACAGUUGUUCCUGGGGUACAGCAGGGCGCCACGAAUUUUUUAGUCUCAGCGCUCAUGAUCAAAUACCCGGACGCCGAAGUGCUGAGCAAAGGCUGGUUCCUAUGGCUGCUCACCAGCAUCGGCAUGAUCUUCGCCAUGAUUCCGAAUGUCUACAGCACCAAACUGCUGCAAUACUAUUUCCGCUUUGCCGUGGGCAUUUUCUUCUCCCUCUUCUUCAUGUAUUGGAUCUGGUUCCCGAUCAAGGCUUCUGAGAAACAUUUCAACACGAGUUCCGGCGUGUUCAACCUCUUCUAUAACGGGAUCAAUCUUGGGGCGGAGAAAGAGGCCUCGGACGCGUACUGCUGGGUUAUCUCGGCCCUGUUUGGAGCUUGGGUGUUCUAUGGCUACGAUGCGUCUGCUCAUCUCAGUGAAGAGACAAUGCAAGCCUCGACAGUGGUGGCCAAGGGCAUGUAUCUAUCGACGUUUUCCGCCUGGCUUCUUUCGGUCCCGACGCUGAUACUCAUCCUGUUCUGUAUGCAAGAUUUUGAGGGCAUCAUCUCCGCAACGUACGCCAACAACUGGGCCGAGUAUUUGGUUCAACUGGUGGGCGAAAACGGCGCUGUGGCGAUCCUGGCUCUACUUUGGGUCGACUCGACGUGCGCCACGGCCAGCUGCUUCAUGUCUGCCCAGCGCGUGACCUACGCCAUCUCGCGAGACCACGUUCUUCCCUUUAGCUCCUUUUUCAGGAAGCUCUCGAAGAGGAAGAUGGCCGUCAACGCGGCGCUGUUGGUCUGCGCCAUUUCGAUUGCCGUGACCACUGCGGUCAUAGGUUCGGCCGUGGCUUUCUCUGCCAUCACGGCCACUGCAACAAUCGCCACGAAUGUCUCAUACCUAUUUCCCAUCGUUGCGAGGCAGACAGUUGGCCGUAAAUCAUUCGUGCCGGGGAAAUGGCACCUGGGCAGAUUCUCCGCCCCCCUGGCUCUGAUAGCCACAUUGUGGAUCUCGUUUCUGUUCGUCGUGUUGACACUGCCGCAACUGUAUCCUGUCGAUGCGCAGACACUCAACUAUGCACCAAUUUGCAUUGGCAUCAUCUCCAUCGUCAGCCUGGUAGGAUGGUUCUUCCCGAAAUGGGGUGGGCGGCAUUGGUUCGAGGGCCCAAUCAAGACACUCAGCGAAGCCGACUUCAGGAAUGUCCGGGUUGAAGGGGGAGUGGCGACCGUCGAGGAAGGAGAUGCCAUGGCGAACCUGAGGUUUGGACAUCGGAAGAGUGUGAAUGAGUGA